CAGAAUCAACAUGAAGGUGCGCUCAUCAGUGAAGAAAAUGUGUGAAUUUUGUAGAACAGUUAAACGCCGCGGACGUGUUUAUGUGCUCUGCACAGCCAAUCCAAAGCACAAGCAACGACAAGGCGUUUCGACCUUUGCUUACCAAGGUCCUUAGGAACAAGUUACAAGCAGGAAAUGAGCUUCGGCCAAGGCUUGCAGGCAGGUCUGGCAUCUCUGGUACAGAAGAAACCCGAGCACUCGAUGACCCCUGGAUGGAGGAUGGGUUUGGCAUCUCUCCUGUUCAAAAGGAGCAAUUAGCAUCUGAAUAUGAAAUGGGAAAAUUUCUGAACUGCUCAAUCUAAGUACACCUGUUUUUGUGCAUCAUCUUUUUGUUAUAUUCAUGAUGUUAUUCCUUCAUAUUUCAUGGAUUUAAACUUUAAAGGUUCUCCUUAUUAAGGGAAAAUAAGAAAUUGUGUUACAAGAGAAGCAGAUCAAAAUUCGGAUCUUGUUCAAGUGGUUUUAGUAAAUUGUUGUCCAUUGUGUUAAACAAAGCAGUUUGAAGUAGACUAACUACAUCACAUUAUGAAUGACAAUAUCUCUAGAUUUUGAAAA